CUAACAAAUUCGACAGCAGAAAAAAAAGAACAACAAAAAGUGUGGGUGUAAAUGUGCAGUAAUAACGUUGCUGUUAUAAAAUAAAGAUGACGGUCAAUAAGCGGGACGCGAGUGAAACGCGUCCGCGUUGCUUUUUCGAUAUAACCCUCGGUGGGCUCGCUAUGGGCCGCAUAGUUUUCGAAUUGUAUAGUGAUGUGGCUCCGAAAACUGUUGAAAACUUCCGCGUUUUAUGUACGGGUGAGAAGAGCAAGAGACUCCACUAUAAAGGUGUUAUAUUCCAUCGCGUGGUCAAGGAUUUUAUGGUGCAGUCGGGUGAUUUUGGUGCUGGCAAUGGGACCGGCGGCGAGUCAAUAUAUGGUGGCCAAUUCGAGGAUGAAUGCUUUGACAAGAAGCAUGAUAAACCAUUCCUGCUAUCAAUGGCCAAUCGAGGCAAAAAUACCAACGGCUCGCAAUUCUUUAUUACAACACAGCCAGCGCCUCAUUUGGACAAUAUCCAUGUUGUAUUUGGACAAGUUAUUUCCGGUCAGGAGUUGGUACGACAAUUGGAAGAUCUGCCUGUCGAUAGGAAUUCGCGACCAUUACAGGACGCAGCCAUAGCCAAUUGCGGCGAGCUGAUUAAACAAACCAAGGCAAAAAAGGAGAAAAAGCGAAGGAAGCGAUCCACAGCAACAGAUGACACCAACAGCGAGGAUAGCGAGGUGGAGCAAACCAAAAAAAAGAAGGAGAAAAAGAAGAAGCACUCCUCCCGCAAGGAGUCCAAGACAAGUGACAGCGAAAACGAAGUGGAACGGGGAAAUGGACGUCAUCAGAGCGACGAAGAUGAACCGGAGGAGGGAGAACUUCAUCCCCUGGUGACUUUAACCAAAAUAGAUCCCAAUGAAAUACCAGAGGUAUCAAACAAAUAUCUUAUGCGUGCCGAAAAAUCUCGGUCGAAGGAACGUGAAACUGGUCGUGGACGAGAUCAUGAUCGUGAUCGUGAUCGCCAAAGAGAUCAAGACAGGGAUCGUGGAGGUAGAGGUGGCGGUGGAUUCGAUCGUGAUCGCAAUCGAAAUACCUUCGGUUGGUCCAAGAAGCAGGCUCAGCAGUCCACAUCACGCAGCGGACGCAUUGUUAAGGGACGUGGCGUAUUUCGGUUCCGCACUCCUUCCCGCAGCCGUUCGAGAAGCACUACCCCCCCACAUUGGAAGCAUGCUCAGAAACGCACUAUUAAGUUGUCCGAUUUAGAGCGCAUCGAGGAGGAGUCUAAAAUGCGAGAAGAUGAGAUCAAACGGCGUGAGCUGGAACGCAAGAAGCGACACGAGGAGGCAACCAAAGAUCCGAAAAAAUCCUUUUUCGAGCUUUCCCACGCCAGUACCUAUGGAGCUGGAGGGAAGCCAUCACCCGAGGAUAAGUCGCCGGGAAGGCAAAAGAGCAGCAGCAAACGCAGUGGAGAAGGAGAUCGUAGCAACAAGCCCAAGGAAACGCGUGAACGUGAAAGGGAAAAGUCAAAGGACAAGGUUGUACCAAAGCAACGCAAAUCGGUGGAUAUGAAUGCUCUAGACUAUGAGCAGCAAACCGAAAGUGAGUCGGAGCCAGAGCCUCCCAAGCAGCCAGAGAAAUCGAAAGCUGCUCCGCCACCAAGGGAACGCGAACGUGAGCGUGAGCGUAAGCCCGAUGACAAGGUAAAAGAACGGGAACGCUCUAAACGGAGUCGUAGCCGUCAGAAGAGUCGCUCGAGAUCGCCUCAACGUCGACGGUCUCCGGCUCGUCGGCCUCAAAUGCCCCAGCGUCGUCCAGGUGGCAAUCAAGGUGGAAAUCAGAUGAAUAACAACCGCCGGAAUCCUUUCGCGGACCGCCGUCGACGCUCCCGAUCACCGGAUAAUGAAUAUCGGAAUCGUUUUCCGCUUUCACCCAUUCGACCGCGCAGUUCGCCGGUGGAUCGUCGCCGUUCUAAAGAGCGUCAGCAGCAGCGUUCCCGCAGCCGAGGACGGCGUCAGGAUUCGCCAGCUCACCGACGACAAGAUUCACCAGCUCGUCGACGACAAGACUCGCCAGGUCGUCGACGUCAAGAUUCACCAGCUCGACGACGUCAAGAUUCGCCGGAUUCACGCCGUCGACAAGACUCGCCGGAUUCACGCCGUCGACAAGACUCGCCGGAAUCACGCCGUCGACAGGACUCGCCGGGACCUCGUCGAGGUCGCAGCCGUGGUCGUCGCCACAGCACUUCCCGGAGCUCCAGCCGACCCCGAAGACAUAGUAAUCGCUCACGCAGUCCGCUGCCGAAGCUAACGUCGGCUCUACCGGCACCGGAGCCAGAGGAUAAGGACAAGGCUGCACGCGAAAAGAUGCAAAAACGCGCAGAAGCAGCUCUGCUGCUUAAGGAACAUAUGCGCAAGGAAAUAGCCAAAGCGGAGGAAGAACGCCGUGCUGAAAAGCAAAGACUGGAUGAUAUCGAAAAGGAACGUACGGCACGGGAAUUAAAUGAACUGGAACGCCUCAAGGCCGAAACUCUAAAGAAGCUCCAAGAGGAGGAAGGCAAGCGGGAGGAGCCCGAGGAGACGGCCGCAAAGCGAAUCAGGCGUGAGAGUCGGGCGAGCAGUCACGAAGAUCGGGAUCGGCAUCGUGACAAGAAGCGCAAGCAUAAAAAAUCAAAGAAACAAUCGACGCGAUCGCCACGAUCGGAUUCAGAGUAAAAUGUAAUUGAAAUCCCCUUACAAGCAUAUAACACUAUAUGCCAGUAAUUCAUUUAAAUUUAUUUGCAAUUGUAAAAAUCGCCCAAUAAUUCAUUACAAAAAAGAGUUCAAUAAAAGAAAAUUUGAACAUGUAUUGUUUAAAUUACAAUAAAAAACAAUGAUAAUAUUGUAAAGGUAACGAA